AAUCAAGGAGGCUCUGCUGGGAAGGAGGCGCGCGCGGGGCUCUCGGCUCUUCCGCUUUAAGAGCGUCGGCCCAGCAUGCCCCGCGACGGCUCUCGCCAAGAAGCGAGCUGCCGUUAGAACGCCGCCGCCUUAGUUAGGAGUAGGAGAAGAAUGGAGGGUGGCUGCGAGAAGCACUACGAAGCCUUCGUUGCGCUGCACGGCGCGGCCCUCAGCGCCUCAGGAGUCCCGACUCGCUACUGGCCCAGUCUGUGGCGCAAACUGGACGGAGAGGUGUUCGAUGCUGGUGAGUAUUUUGGAAUAAUGCAGGUGGAAGAGGCAGAGGAGGAAACAGAAGGCGAUGAAGAAAUACAGGAAGAAUGGAAAAAGAAAUUAAAUCCCAGCAAUGAACUUUGUUACAAGGUAAUAGUUACCAAUGAAAAUGGACUUCAAGAAGCAAAUCCUGAUAGCAUUUUUCUGAUUGACCAUGCCUGGACCUACCGUGUGAGACAUGCCCACCAGCAGCUGCUGGCAGUCCCUGGCUUGCUUCACAGAAUGGCCAACUUGAUGGGAAUAGAAUUCCAUGGGGAAGCACCGGAUGAAAGAGCUGUUGAGCAAGUGUUGGAAGAAAUGUGGAAAUACAACCAAACCUACCAGCUCUCCUCUGGGACAGCAGAGGACAAGGUCUCAGUGUGGUACAUAAUGGAUGAAUUUGGAUCCCGGAUUCAACAUUCAGAUGAGCCAACUUUUGCAACUGCACCACUGUUUUACAUGCCACAGCAAAUUGCUUAUACUGUUCUUUGGCCCUUAAGAGACCUUGAAAAUGGCGAGGAAGUUACCCGUGACUUUGCCUAUGGGGAAACCGAUCGUUUACUCAGGAGGUGUCGGCUGUUGCCAUGGCUAUCCAGUGACACUCUAGAUAUCAACUGUUUCCCCACAGAGCCAUCAGAUGACCACUACAAGGCAAUCUUCAGUGAAAACAAGGAGAAACUACCUGUCCCAAUAAAGCCUCCUGUUUAUGGCAAGGAUAAAAUCUUCAAGGUUUACACAGAUCUCCAACAGGUCCUUCAGAAUCUGAAUCACCCACACUUUGAAUUUACGGAGUCUGAGCAAGAAGCAGAUAUUCUCUACAACUUCUCCCACUUCAAAGAUUACAGGAAACUUAGUGAAGAAAGACCUCAUGUUAUGCUGAAUCAGUUUCCAUGUGAGAAUCUUUUGACUGUUAAGGAUUGUCUGGCAUCUAUCUCCAGACGGGUUGGAGGCAGUGAAGGGCCAAAAUGGCUGCCUCGAACCUUUAAUCUUCAUACAGAAUUGCCACAGUUUAUCAGUUUCUUUCAGCAGUGUGAGAGGAGGGGUGAAGACAACCAUUGGAUAUGCAAACCCUGGAACCUGGCUAGAAGCUUAGAUACACACAUCACCAAGAGCCUUAACAACAUCAUCCGCCAGAGGGAGAGUAUCCCUAAGGUGGUGUCUAAGUAUAUUGAGAAUCCAGUAUUGUUUCACCUUGAAGAUGUGGGACUGGUUAAAUUUGACAUCCGUUACGUUGUGCUGUUGAGAUCAGUUAAACCCCUAAAGCUAUAUGCCUAUGAUGUGUUUUGGCUGCGGUUCUCGAAUCGGUCCUUUUCUCUUGAUGAUUUAGAUGAUUAUGAAAAGCAUUUCACUGUUAUGAAUUAUGAUCCCGCUGUAUCUUUAAAACAGAUACACUAUAAUGAAUUUAUCCCUCUCUUUGAGAAGCAGUAUCCUGAUUACUCUUGGAAGUCUAUUCAAGAAGAUAUUUUUAAGGCCUUUAUGGAGUUAUUCCAAGCAGCUUGCUCAAAACCCGCUCCGCUUGGUAUCUGCGACUAUCCAUCCUCACGAGCCAUCUAUGCCAUCGACCUGAUGCUUAAGUGGGAGACAUCCAGUGAUGGGAAGCCAUAUAUGCAGCCUCAGAUCCUGGAGGUGAAUUUCAAUCCUGAUUGUGACAGAGCCUGCAAAUACCACCCAACCUUCUUCAAUGAUGUCUUCAACACUCUUUUUCGGGAUGAAACCACUGGUUGCCAUGUGACCUUGAUUGCCUAGCUCUAUGGCUUCACUUGGCUGAUAAAGUGUGCUUCACAGGAAUAUAUAUUAUAUUUAUAUUUCAGUUCUAUGAGCUGCUUAUGCAACUAUUUUUUUUUCUAUAAUGGCGACAAGGACAAAUCACUUACAAUCAGGUGGAAUAUGUGGAUAUUGCAUUUGUACGCUAUGGUCUGCUUUCUUCUCUAGUCAUUUAUUUUAUUGUCAUCUUACCUCCCCAAAUUAUGUUUUUAUUGAAGGAUGAUUUCAGAACUUCAGUAGUAAAUAAUUUUUUCUCUGUCUCUACAGUUACUUAGUUAAAUUUGCUUACAGAAAAUAAUCAGUAUACCUUUCUCCAUGAUUUACUGGACUUAAGGCAGUCUGUGUCCAUUAUUUUGAUAUGGUUAUGUUACUAUCUUUUAAUAUGCUUUUUAUUUGUAAAACAAAGCAUUUUAUUUCAAGGCUGCAGUUGGCCCAUGUGACCAGAGAUUUCCAUUUUAAUAAAUCACGUUGCUGCAAGGUACCAUAAACUGUCUUUGAAGUACCAGGAGAUCUUUAUUGUCUCUGGUUGAAAAUAUAUAUCAGAAGAGAAAGCACUGCAUAAUCCAUGCUAUCUUUUGCCUUUUCUAUUUCUAUGAAUGUCAAGUAUACUAGUAAGUGGAGCCCUGGGUCAGCCAGUUCUUGUCUUAACCCCAUUCCCACUGUAUUUAUGUUGAUGUUCCUUCUUUGUAUUAUUUUCUGUCGUUAUGUACUUCCAGAACUAUUCUGACACAUGGUGGGUAGAUUAGGUAUAGCCUGACUUCACUGGCAUAUCUUUCUCAUUAAAAAAAAAUAAGAGUGGUAUUGCUGCUCUUUCAGCAUCUUUUGACUUGGGGCAGGGAAGAGUUUGAAGGCCAGAUACAAUACUAUUAUAUGUUUUCACCAAGUAUGGCUUUCUGUCUGAUAAUAAAUAUUAAAACCACAGUGCGGUCAGCCACCUGAAUGUUUUAUAUGUUGAAUAUAAAUAGAACUGCCCCUUCCAGCUGCCAAACUUUUGUUGAUUUGAUUUGAUGGGUUUCCACUUUUGAGUGAAGAACUUCAGCCAACAAAGAUCUCACAUUGCCAAAGUGAGAGAACAUGUGAAAGUUCAGCUUGGGGCUAUAUCACCCAGAAUUCCCAGCUAGCUGUCUGGAGAAAAGGAGACUGUCUGAAAAAACAAACCCUCACUUUUGUAGGCACAGGCGUGAAGUCAUCUUUCCUGCCACAUACUUAGGCAUGCAAGAACCAUUUAGAUCUAACCCUUUUAAAAUUCCUUGAAACAAGAUGCAUUGGCUGUUUCAGGAGGAAUUGCUUGACCAUUCUAGCUUAUAAGACUGAGCUUCUGUUCACAUGGUUUAAAUUCAUUUCUGCUAUUCUAGAGUUGCAUUACACCAGAGUUGUAAUGUAAUUCUAGUAUGGUUGGGCUUCUUGUGCAAGUCUCAUUAAGAUGCCACCCAUAUACAACUCCUAAAAAGUAGAAUUGCGUUCUUAAUUUUUCCUUAUGCCACUCUUAAGUCACCAACAGAAUUCUAGCUUAGUUGAAAUAUGUUAUCUAACUUUUGGGGGGGGGGGGAGGAAUAUGGUUUAUAAGGGGAAUAGUUCAGGAAGCAAAACAGCUGCAUUGUGUAAUACAACGUUCAAGUUAAAAAUAGUCUCCAAGCAAGUUGUUACUAGUUUGGCUUCUCAUCUUAAAAUCUUUCCCAUUAUCAUGUCUGUUGGGCGCAUGUCAUUGUGACACAGAGCUUAAAGGCCCUGGCAACAUCUAAAACUUGCCAAGUGAUUGCCAACGUUUUAUAUGCCCUUUGCUUAAUUUGUUCCUUGUGUUUCUGCCAUCUCUGAGCAGCAUUAGGAAGCAUGCCUACUCCUUUCACCUUGAAGUGAAGUUAUUCAUAAGCAAGAUGUCUGCAUGUGUGAAUGAUCCGUGAAGUAAACCUUGCGUGAAUGUAGACCCAUCCCUCCCCAAUUUCUGUGUUAACACCACUGUGGACUUGGUCAAAAGAGCUUCAAACAAGUAGCUAAGAAUCGCAGAAUUCUGUAGUCUUUCAGUUGUUCGUUUUAUUUUAUUUCAGUUUUAUGUUGUAAACCUUUUUGCAUGUUAACUGAACAUGUACAUGAUUGGGUUUU